CGGUAGCAGACCUCGAUUUCCCAAGUGCGCAUGCCUGGGUAUUUCCGCUCGGGCGGGACGGGCGCGCAUGCUCAGUGGGUUGUAGCGGCUGCUUGCCUUGCUCGCCUGCAAACAUGGCGGCGAUGGAGGCGAGCAAGAUGGCGUCGCCCAAGAGCGCCCCUAAGGAUGCUCAGGUGAUGGCCCAGAUCCUGAAAGACAUGGGGAUUACGGAGUAUGAGCCACGGGUUAUAAAUCAGAUGCUGGAGUUUUCAUAUAGAUAUGUGACGACUAUCUUGGAAGAUGCCAAAAUUUAUUCCAGCCAUGCAAAGAAGUCGAGCGUUGACGCAGAUGAUGUGAGGUUGGCUAUCCAGUGUCGGACGGACCAGUCGUUUACAUCUCCUCCUCCCAGAGAUUUUUUGCUAGAUAUCGCCAGACAAAAAAACCAGACGCCAUUGCCACUGAUUAAACCAUACUCUGGCCCAAGAUUGCCACCAGAUAGAUACUGCCUCACAGCACCCAAUUACAGGUUGAAAUCUUUGCAGAAAAAGGCCUCCUCCUCUGCCGGAAGGAUCUCCGUGCCACGACUGAAUGUCGGCGCCGUCACCAGCAGGCCCAGCACCCCAACGUUAGGAACCCCUUCAGCGCAGACGGUCUCUGUUUCGACCAAAGUUGGGACUCCCGUGUCGUUGACAGGUCAACGGUUUACCGUGCAGAUCCCCACAUCCCAGACGUCUGUAAAAUCAGCAACUCCAACAACGCCAACUGUUCAGAACGUGCUGAUCAACCCUGCCCUGAUGGGGUCGAAAAACAUCCUCAUCACGACCAACAUGGUCUCCUCGCAAAACACAUCUGGCGAAUCGAACCCCUUGAAGAGGAAGCACGAGGAAGACGACGAUUAUGACCACUUGUGAGCAGCGCAGCGUGGCCCUGAGGACUCCCCUUUUUAUUGCUUUGGGCAGCAGGUGGCUCCCAAGGAAGCAUUUGUGAGAGGGGACGCCGGGUUAAGGCUGUGUGGGGUACUCUUGGUACAGUUUUGCAGAGACCGCUGCUGUUCUGGAAGGUUCAGCAUCCUGGUGCUUGAAAAAUGCCACUUCUUCCUGGACUCAACUAAUAAACAUAGCUGCUCUCAGAGGCAAUGCUUGUGGGUUCAAAUGUUCCAGGAUUUUGUACUUUGGUAUCUUGGAUGGCAGUGAUCAUGUUCUGUUUCAUUUGGACUUCAGAAUAGGGUUUUUUUAAAUAAAACAAACAAACAAAUAUACCCAAAAAACCAAAAUGAAACUCUUAAGUAUCACUCCAUAUUACUCACCUGGAGACUAAAAGAUGACAGGGGAACUGUGGAGGAACCGAGUGGAUUUCUGCUGUUGAAGACCUCCCGGCCAGUUUCCCUCUGGGUGCAGAGGGGCAUAGAUGCUAAAAACAAUCUGGAGAAAGGACGACACUGAGCAGCAGAAGUUCAUCCUCCCCUGGGGCCUUUGAUUGCAAUCAGGAGUUAGUCUGGGGAGUGGCCAGCUGCAGGCCAGAGCUGUGUGCCUCCCAAAAACUGCAGGUGCAGUGGAGGAAAUCCUGGUUGGAGGACUGGGACGUGACCGUGUGUGAGGUGUGAUUGGCGUAGGGCACUACACUGACGUGGGUAGUCUCAAAUCUGAAAUAUAGCAGUUUGGCACAGUGCCCAACUAAGAUUCCUCCCUUGUACACAAUUGCUUCUCGGUCCUCCGACCAGGCUGCCACCACGUGUGGUUUCCCCGAGUAUCUAUGGCUCUGAAUCUUAGCUGGCCGCUCUUCUGACUGAUUUUACUGAUGGUAAGAACACAGCCCUCAAGUCUCCUAUUCCUGUGUGUGAGCUUCCAUGGAACUAAAACAGGUGAGCAGAAACACUGUGCAAUUAACACGUUUGCUGGGCUGCACCAUUUCGGACCACAGAUGGAGAACAACUGGGUUUGCUUGAGUCUCGGGGGAGAAGGUUGUAAGUUUGGCUUCUCUCUCUGGUGUGUAAGAGAACCUUUUUUGCUUAGAGGUAGGAGAGAACAUAGUCAGAUAUUUGAUCUACUACCUUUUGGUCUGAAAUGGCAGAGCUCAGCAGCUGGGGUGUUGCAUAAGGCCUCUGGGUGAGUGAGGAGCUCAAAGGGAGGCUGGGCAUGGGUGUGAUAGAGCAGUGUUUCUCAACCACCGGUCCCUGGACCGCUGCCGGUCCCCGAAGGCUUGAGCGCCGGUCCCUGACUGGGAGUCAACCCCCCCCCCAACUGAAAUCAAGGCACUCACUUCCUCAAUUUUGCACAUGGCAUGGAAGAGGAAGAGUAUCACGGAGGCAUGGGACCCUUCUUGUGCCUUGCCUUCAUGUGCUGCUGAGAUCUUCCUACAGCUAUCUUAUUCCCUAUCUUUACAGCUUCAAACUGUAUGCGGUGCGGGGGCAUGGAGGAAAAAGUAUGGCAGUGGGCGCCACUUGAAGGGCUGCUGGUUCUUGCAUGCUCAUUAUUUGCAGCCAAAGGUUGGUUGAUUGAAACCCAGCUGCCUGUUGUGGUCAAGGCGCCUUGAGAGGGAACGCUGUUUCCCUCUUGCAUCAGUGGGGCUUGCUUGUAUGUUGUUUUCAUUGGCCCCAUGUAGCUUUUGAAUUUUUCUAAUGGCCCAACAUACCCUCUCCACUGAGUAAUCAGAAGCACCUCCACCCCCACCCCGCACAUAUUGAAGACAUACUGGAGACAAAUUUGUUCACCCAGGCUUUUAGAUUCAGGGGUUCUCAACCUUGGGUACCCAGACAUUGGUGGACUUCUACUCCCAUAAUCCCCAGCCAUAAUGGCCAAAUGCCAUUGUUGUUGGGGGUUAUGGGAGUUUAACUGAGAGACCCAAGGUUAAGAACCCCUAAUAUUCCAUGUUUGCAAAAGAUUCCAAAUUUAAUUAUUUUAAUGCUUAUAUUAUUUUCAUUCUAAACUGCCCAGAGAUGCAUGUUUGGGGCAGCAUAGAAGUCUGAUAGAGAGAUAGAUAGACAGACUUGAAACCCCUUUACUAACUGCUGGUCCGGGAAACUGCGCAUGAAGAAUGUAGCGGUCCUUGAAACUCUGCACGAAGAAUUUAGCGGUCCUUGACUCCAAAAAGUUUGAGAAACACUGUGAUAGAGCAGCCACUUCCAGGGAGGGCAAGAACCUCCAUGCAUUGGCUUGAUUGGAUUGCAGACAGUGAUGAGGAUAAGAUGACUGUUUGGAUGGAGAAAGUUUGUUUAUAUGCUUUGCCAAGAGAAUACCCAGUUAUAAAGCUGGGCAAAAGCUCAACACUGCACCCAGAUAUUAAGCCUUGUUCUUCAUGGAACAUUAAGCAUAAUGAGUGCCAUAAUUAUGUCUGGUUUUCAGCUUCAUACCAAUUUGUGAAAUACUAUUUGUGCAAGUGUGUUUUGUACCCAUGAUGCUGUUUGUACCCAUGAUGCAGUCUCUUUCCCCAUUUUGCAUAUCAUACCUCCAUUACAUAUGUAAUUAAGCUAAGAAAAUAAGCGAUUUUCUCUCCUUUUGAGAGAGAAUUCUGUUCUAAUAAAAACAGCUCUUGUGAGAA